UGAUACUCAGUUUUUUUAAACUUUGACCCAUUAGCCACAUUUAGGGACACUGCCCGCGCCAUCUUGUGGUGACACCAUGACAUUACACCAAUUUCAGUGAAAACAAAAUGGCGGGAAUAUCAGCGAAAGCCUUCUACAGCAGCUCCCGAAAGAAAAAAGAGCAAGGGAAACUUUCACUGUCAAGAGCAGAACAAUUGCUCAUGGCAAUUGCAGACAACUCUGAGGUUGAAGACUUCUCAGAUGGUGAUAAUGAUGAUAAUGAUCCUGCUGUGGAUGAAGUCGCUCUACAUGAUGUUGACCUCAUGACUGUAGAACCACAACCUGACGAUUCGGAAGAUGAUUAUUCACCACCUGAUUCACCAGGAAAUGAUUCGGAUGAAGAAUAUUCUCCCCCUGAUGCAGCUGAAGAUAGUGACUCUGAGAAUGAGAGUGAGCCACAAUAUCCACAAAUGCAGAAACGUGGCCGUAAACAACAGCGUGUUGAGAAUGAUGAGCUUGACGAGGAUGAUCAAGGACGUGGAGAGCCCAGGGCAGAGCCUAGAAAUGCUGGACGUGGAGAGCGCUGGAGGUCUGCUCCAUUUACUCCAAACUUAGUCCAGUUUCAUGUUGAAGAGGAUGAACUGAUAGAAGAGCGAGCAGGUUGGCAGCCACUGGAUUAUGUGGAGCAGUACAUCGACUCAGAGCUGAUGAAAGUCAUCGCAGACUGCACAAAUGCCAUGUACCUGGCUAACAGUGGGAGAGCUCUCAACACUUCGGUUGAUGAGAUAUAUCACUUUUUUGGAGCAGCGAUCUUGAUGUCUUGUGUGCCUUAUCCACAGACGAGGAUGUUUUGGUCCAAUGCCCUAAGAAUCCCUGCCAUUAGUGACAAAAUGUCACGUGAUCGCUUCUUCAAACUGCGAAGCCAUCUGAAAGUAGUCAUCGAUGAUGAUGUUCCAGAAGAUAAGAGAAAAACAGACAAAUUCUGGAAGGUGAGGCCUUUUAUGAACUGCAUACUCACCGGCUGCCGCCUUCAAGCCCAUCCAGAAUGCGUCUCAAUAGACGAGCAGAUGAUCCCGUUCACAGGGGCCUGUCCGUUCCGACAGUAUGUGCCACUAAAGCCGAAUCCAGUGGGAAUGAAGAACUUUGUGCUGGCAUCAGUGGAUGGAAUCGUGCUAGACUUUGAAGUCUACCAAGGUUCAAAGACACUGGGUUUGCAGGUUCAGGACUCAGAUGGAUUAGGUCUAGGAGCACUGGUAAUCAAACGGCUGUCUGAAACCCUGACUGCUGGCACAAAAGUGUAUUGUGAUCGCUUCUUUACAACCACACUCGCUGUUGAUCUUAUGCUGAAGAAUGAGAUCUACCUUACUGGUACAGUGAUGAAGAACCGGGUCCCACAAGCAGUAAAGAAGCUUCCAGAUGACAAAACCCUGAAACGCCAGGGAAGAGGUGCCUCCUCCACAGUAACCAGGGCAGAUGGGAAACUGUGCGUGGUUAAGUGGUAUGACAACAAGCCAGUUGUGAUGCUCUCCACUGUUCAUGCAGAGCAGCCAGAGGACACUUGCCAGCGGUGGUCCAAGAAGGACAAAACAUAUGUCACCGUCACACGACCAAGCAUCGUCCGCGAGUACAACUCAAAGAUGGGAGGAGUUGACAUGUCAGAUAGGAUGAUGAGCUACUACCGAAUGAGUGUGCGGACGAAGAAGUGGACCAUUCGGAUGUUGAUGCACUUCACAGAUCUUGCUCUUGCCAACAGCUGGCUGCUGUAUCGCAAAGAUAACCGGGAAAAUGGUACCCCAAGGAAAUCUAUCAUGAAGUUUCUUGAAUUUCGCAUGGUAGUGGCUCAGAUGUUCCUCAGCAAGUGUGAUGUUCUUCACAAAAAUGCUCGUGUCACAGAAGCAGAGAAUGAGCAUGGACACCUUCUUCCACCUGGCAAAAAAUCUCGGGUCACUCCAAUCCCCCACGUCUCAGUCCGUUCCAGUGCUGCUCAUCUCCCGGAGAUGGUUGGCUUGCAAAACCCUAUGCGUUGCAGAGCACAAGGCUGCAGUGGGAAAUCCCGUGUGCGAUGCAUGACAUGCAAUGUGCACCUCUGCUUGCAAAGUGAACGCAACUGCUUUGCAGCAUUUCACAGCGGCCAGUAGGGCCGCUGUGAAAUGCUGCAAAGCAGUUGCAGCGGCCAGUAGGGCUGUUCCAGACAAGCAGACAGACUGCUUUCUGGAAAGAUAGAGGAGUUAGGCUAGUUAGAAAUAAGCUAAAGUUCAAAGGCUGCUCAGGGAAAGUAACUGAAAUCACUUUCUGAUUUAUUCGGUUUCUUUGAACAUGUGUUCAGGCAAUGAAUUCCACUGUGUUAAGCACCAUUUCACAUGAGCAAACAGAGACAUAAUAUUUAGUAAUAUGUGGCAUUAUUCGUACUGUUGUUGUUUUGUUUAGCCAUGUUUAGGUCUUGAAAUGAACUGUUUACCCGGUACUUUCCAGUUUAAUUUUUGUAUAGCCAUGUUUAGGGCUUUAAAUAAACAGCUGUUUUCACUUAAUGUAUACUCUUUAAUGUUUACAUUUUAAAAUAAAUUUCUGUAUACUUUUUUGACCUAUGGUGUCUAUUUGUGUCAUACAGUAAGAUCGACCCAUUGUCCUCAUAUGAGGACAUUGAUUUUUGAGAAAACUACUUAUGGUAUGAAGCUAAAAUUUUGAAUUUACACUAAUUGGGUCCUUCUGGUCCCAAACAGCAAAUAAUGUUUCUUAAGGUUAUGAUAAACCCAUUGUCCUCAUAUGAGGACAUCAUUUUUUGCAAAAACUACUUCCUGUACAGAAACGAAGUUUAGUUAUUAUGUUUAUUAGGUCCUACUUAUCCCAAAUAGCAAGG